AUGGCGGCCCAAGAUGAAGUUGACGUAUGUGAAAGUUGGGAGGAUAUGGACGAAAUUGGCUUGGACCAAAAGAUCAAGCUGAUGUCAAGUGAGCCUACGCCAGUGAGUGCCGCGCUAAAAGGUUGCAAGGUUAACGUAAUUGUUGAGGAGAACGCGUGUAUUGGGUCUCAGUGCAUGAUGCCGGAGCCAGCAAUCCGAAUUUUGAAGCGGCCAUCGUCGUCUGCCGGCGGGCAGAUGAAUGGAGAAAGUCGCGCGCGGCCUGUGAAGACGCUGGAACAAAGACAGAAAGAGUACGAAGAAGCGCGACUACGGAUACUUGGCGAAGCUAGAAGCCCUGAAGAUGUCAUCGACGACAACUUAAGCCGAUUACAAGACAAACUCCAAGCCAACAAUCUCAAUGACAACCAGAAUCACAACCAGAAUGGUGGUAAAAAAACUAACAGUCAUAAUGAAAAUGGUAAAGGGAAAGAAAAGAAAGUUUUAGCUCGGUUACCACCAGGCGCCACACCUGCUGGUGUGUUCCCCUCCCCACCACCACGAGGAGUCCUCGUCAUUCGCACUCCCAGAGGCCCUGAUGGCACUAAAGGCUUUGUAAGGAGGUAGCACCGUCGAAAAUUUUAUGCCACUUUGUAACUCACUCGCAAGUCCUGAGUUCCAUCCAUUUGACUUUAACAAAGACAUUAAUAUAGUCAGAAUUUCAAGUGUUAACUAUGUGAUUUCUAAAUGUAUGUGUGGUUUGGUUUUGUUUCACAAUUUCUUUAUAAUUAACUUUAGAGUAUAGAUUAUGGUUUUGAUGGGAAGUUGGUAUGAGCUAUGAAAUUGAGUGGCGAAAAUGUUGACUCAAGUAUGUUUAGGUAAGCUAGGGUAAUUUAUUGCCAUGCCAUGGUUGCAUUCCUAGCAACAAGGUUAAAACAUAGUUACACAAAUAUGCCUUAAGAGGAACUUGAUAAGAGUCCUGAAGUACAAUGUAUUUAUACCUAGUAUUUCUAUUAUAGGAGGACUUGUACCAACUAUAUUCUGUGCUUACACCAUAUUCUUUCAACUUUCACAUGAAUGUAUGGGGAAAUUGUGAAACGAAUCGUUAAAAUUUACGAGUGCUCAGUCUGGGAACAAUCAUAUUUACAGUAAUAUUAUCAUUAUGACAUUGUAACCCUCGAAUCUGCAGCUACAUCAUACUGUGGGGGGGUGUGACUUGAGAUUUUAUGAAAUGACGCUCGCAAAUUAAUUGUAUGCAUGUAAUUCUUUUACUAUUCAGUUAUUUAUCAUUACAUACAGGGUGUCAUUUUAAAAUGUGCACAAUAAGGUAAGCAUGAUUAAAUUACUAAUUUUAGAUGAUCAGAUUUGUUUGUGUUUUAAAACACAUUCUUAUUAUGAUGGAUCAUUUUUAUUUAUACACUUUGUGUGUUGUCUGCGUAUAUUGAAAUUUUGUUCGUAAUUACCCUGUGAAAUUAUCAAAAUUAUGGAAUAUUCUUAAGUUACAUAUGCUUCAGUGUACUUAUCUAUAGAUGGCUAUUGCACUGUCCUAGGGUUUGUCAGGUUUUUAUAAAAACUUAUUUGUUUGGCUAUACCUACUCAUCUAUUAUGACGCAUUUUAAAAUGACAUCUGGUUGUUAGCCAAUUUGCAAACGAUUUUGAAAGCUUUUUAUUACUGUCACUGUACUUUUUCGUAAUCGUUUGUAACUUGGCUAAGACCCCAGGUAUAUAAGGUGCAGGCAUACCAAAACAUGGUAGGACUAUAAGAUCCUAUUUGCACAUACUGCACAUAGUAAUGUAAUUUCCUAUUUUCACUUUACUAUCUUUGCCUAGCUGUAAAAUUUUAAAAUUAAACAAGCCAAAUUCAGCGUCAAUACAUCAAACGCUCAUUUAUCAGCACUAAAACAUUCAUAAUAAAUAUAAUAAUAAUUAAUUAUUUUAUCAAUUUGUGUGCAUACAAUUGAUGAAAAAUCAUUCAAAAAUUUUAACACGAAAUUUUUUUAUAUCCAGUUUUUGUACAUGUAUAGUGUAUUUUUUAGGAUAAGGUACUUGCUAAUUGUAUAUUUUUAGCAUAUUAUUUUCCUAUGUUAAGUUUUUGACGUCAGUGUAAUGCUUGUGGCUAUUGUAUAAUUCUUGAGAUAUUUCUUAUCUUCGGAUUAAGGUCGAUAUUGUCAGUUCUUCAUCUCUUAUAAAGUACCUGAUAGUAGAAUUUAUUCUACAUUGAUAUUGGUUUCUGAUCUGUAAUUAACGGCCUUUAUCUUAUAACUAAUUGGUUGAAUUGAAUCAAUAUUAUUUGUUAUGGUGGAAAUCUUAUGGAUAUAGCUCAAUAGAAGGUCAGAUAAUGUGUUGUUGUUACAUGUAAAUUUCUUGAGAAUUUGCGGAAUAUACGAAAAUGUACGUAAAUAUCUAUUAUGAUCAUCACUAAUCUAAGAGCCACGCUCUUGUCAGUGUAGCAUUCUUCAUGCUACUUUUUAGGGAAAAAUAGGACAGCACGCGAGUGGGAUGGCGCCUAGAGUAGUCAGUAUUUCAAAGUCGUACUAGGACUCCUGUCCUCCGCCUCUGAAUAGUACUGACAGUUACUGCUGCUCUCUGUUAGGUCAUCUCUUAUGAUAUGACAUUAAAAUAUCUGUCAUUUAUUAUUAUAAUUAAGUGAUAAAGACAGAGCAUAUUAGUCUAUCACAAAAUCGAUUAAAUAUGGUUUAAAUGCAGCUAUUUCCAAUGUUCUAAAAUAACUAAACAUGGUUAUGUUUAGUUAUGCGGUUGCAUAUCGUCGCCUUAUACGGAAAACAUAGUUAUCGCCUUUAUGAUAAAACACAUUCUGGGGGGUUAAAAGGCCACAUCAAAGCAAUUCAUAUAAAAAAGUAAUAUUUACAAUUCGCUCAUACAAUGCAAACAGCAUUGUACAGCAGCAAAUAGCAAUAUUGCUUUUUUCGAUGAAUCGCUUUGAUGUGUCCUUUUUUAACCCCCCUGAUGUGAUUUUUCAAAAAGGUAUUUACGUAGUUUUCACUAUAAGGCGACGUAUAGAAGUACCUCCCACUGCCGGCACAAGCAUUCCCUCAAUUAACUGGUGGGGGUUUUGGACCUGCAAUAACCUAAUAUAGGUAAUUAAUCAGAUAUUUCCACCAAGUUAUAUUUAUAUUUCAUUCUAUCGCAUUCGUAACGAAUUGUAGAGUUUUUUUUAUACAUGGCUAAGUUCAUAACGUUUUCGUACCAUAGACAAGUACGUAUGGAAAUAUAAAAUGGCCACAAGCAAAACAAAAUGGCGCAAGAGUGACUGAGAUGAAUGUAAGACGACCAAUGUUUAUUUUGAUUACAAUUCUUACACAAUGUUCUUUGAAUGUUUCAAUUUGAUACUAAAUUCGAUAAUAUUAUAAUCCCACUCUGUUACCUUCAAUAAUUCUUAGCGUUAUUUCAUAAUGAUAACAUAUUAUCUACAGGCUAUUACCGGUUCUCUCAAUGAAGUUCUUAUUUAUUUAAAUUAAAUAAGGGUAAAAAGACUAUAGAAUCGCAUCUAAGCUUACCAAAAUCAGUGUAAAUUGUAAUCAAAAUAAUAAGGGCCUUGUUAUACCAAUUUUAGUGUAAGUUUACAUUAAUGCAGGCCGCACAACUAAAUUUCACUUCAGAACUGAUUUGGCCUCUUUUCAGACAUUAGAAAGUAUUUGAGACUACAUUUACGACAUGUACUAGUUUUAGGCUCUGUAAUAAGGAAAGUAACAUCAAUAUUGAUUAUGGUGAACGCGCACCUAACAGCCUCACGCGCCGAAAUGAUUGCAUUUUGCGGCAAAAUGCGGGUCGUGCGGCGCGGAUAGGAGCGCGACGUUGCAUACGAUUUCACACAAAGAUUUAUAAAAUGUGAUGACUUCGGCGCGUGCGGCUCCUGCGGCGUGUACCAUUCGUUCACCUUCACGCCUUCGCAAACACCACAGGCGUGUUAAAAAUAUUAAUAACGCCAAAAGCAUGUGAAAUACGUCGGAUUAUUUGAAAAAGUAUAUUUAUACCAUAAAUACACUUGUCUUAAAUACUUAUAACAGACGCUUUUAUGCAUCACAUUUUGGAAAUUCAAUUUUGUCAAAGGAACUGUUUCAGAGUAUUUUUGGUUGUGUGGUCUAUAGCCCCAAGGAUUGUGAUAUAGAAUAAUCGUCUUAUUGCAAACCUUAUCUUCGUACCUACAUCGAUAGGUAGCGAUCAACAUGUUUUAGUAACUAUAUGAAUGAAUCAAUGUAGUUAGAUAAUCUAUUCAUAAUAAUUUCCUGUCAUUGAUCGGAUAUUGCUGGGCCUGAAUCUUAAUUUGUGUUUACGCCAAAAACAAUUUAGCCAGUUAACAGAAAAUGUUGUUUUAAAUGACGUAAUGGUGCUGAUUAGUACACACCAUCUAAUUUUAUUUUAAGUUAUACCUGUAAUUUUCUUAUCCGCCGAAAAACAGGGACGGGUAAUCGACAGGCAUAAAAUUUAUGGAACACACUUCAAUUUUUGGCAGAAAUUCAAAAUGCCCUUCCAAAAUUGUUUAUUGGCCAAUAACACGACAGAAUUAAGUUGAAAGUACACGUCAAACGGGUUGCAUAUGAGCUAGAUGCCUAUUUUAUUAGGUGAAAUUAACAGUUGUCAAUCAUCCGUCCUUUUCCUUUUCGGUUGAUAAGAAAAUGACAGGUAGGUAUAACUUAAGAUUAGCAUGUGUCUGUAAGAAUCGGCGCCAAUAUAAAGUCAGGUAAAAUCCGAAAGUUAAUAUAUAAAUCACAGCAAAAUUGUUAUUUAGGCCCAAAUACGACGGCAAAAAUGUUAAAAGUCGUAAGUGUGAUAACACUUACGACUUUUUGAGUCCCAUUAUGCUUUGCUGAAGGAUGAAGUAAUGUAUGUGGGGGCGUUGAUAUUUCAAUGUUAUUUUGUAAAUAAGACUCCGUAUACACAGAGCUUAGACAAGCUAGACUAAAUAAAACACCUAUUUUUGUACAAUUUAAGCUGUAGAGUAUACAGAGCUGAAAGGUUGUUUCGUCGUACCUAUAUCUAGAAUAUUCGCAGAAACUAAAGUAAGGUAUGUGGCACACGUCAGUGUUUUUGUGGUGUACUUGUCAUUAAUUUAUGACGGACUUAUUGCACAUGAGCACGUUAUUCGUAGGGACGCGACGUCUAUCCAGGCCACUAGCUGUCGCUCAGUGCUUAUUCUAUGAAGAAAUAAAGAUGAAUAAAAGUGGUACUCAUCAUGUGUUCAUGCGGUGAAGAAUGGACUGGAAGAAAUGGACGUUUAUUGUAAAACACUUCAGACUUUUAGCACUCAUUUGGUAAAUCUUGAGAUUUACCAUACUUUGGCCUUUUACAGUAACAUAAUUGUAUGCAACAAUUUUUGUAAAGGUUGUGCUAUGAACUAAGUACUUACGCUCAUUCUCCUGAGACGUGUGCGACGUGCCUUUGUGCCACUGAAAUCCCAAAUUUGUUGAUCUAUACUCUAGUAUAGAAUAAGGCACUCAUAUCAAAUUAGACUCAAGUAGGUCGCGUUUACUGAAUUACAACACAAAUGGCUAAAUGCAAUUUACACCACAUAGAAUAAACCUUCCUUGGCUAACAAACAGGCAUAGGCUGUUAUAAAUUUUUCAGUUACCUAUCAACAAUUUUCGGUAUGAAGCUUAUUUGUUCCGCCGCUAUUAUUCAACCAGAUAGAUCUUGGUUCUCUUAGCAAAUGAUUUACCGGAACUAAGGCCUAAACUUGCAUAAUGGUGCUAAUUCCUGUAGACAACAUCCAAUUUUAAGGAAAGGGACGGGUAAUCGAUGGGCAUAAAAUUUAUGGAACACACUUCAAUUUUAGGCAUUAAUCUAAAUCGACCCUCUAAAAUUUUACAUUGGCCAAUAACCCGACACCGACAGAAUUAAGUUGACAGCACACGUCAUACGGGAUGCAUACCUGCGAGAGACCUAUUUGAUUUGCCCGGGUUAUUCAUUCAUUCACUCAUUCAUUUUAAGACUGAGAGCUGUCAAUCAUUCGUCCCUUUCCUAUUCGGCGGAUAAAAAAAUGACAGGUAUAACUUAAAAUAAAAUUAUAUGGUGUGUACUGGAAUUCGCACCAGUGUCUCUGUAAAGGUAUGGUUUUGUGGUGUUGAUUGGAUUUAAGCGUGAUCCUUAGACGGUUGUCACAAAUAUUGCAUUUACGCAUAAUAUCUUGUGUUGUAUUUGUAAUGAAAUGACGUCUAUUAAUUAUAAAUUAUAAAUACUUUUACAUAAUUGAAGAGACUGGUUAUGUGAAAUUUCUAAAAAUGACAAACAUUUGGGCUGGGUUCAAACCAGGCGGUAUUCUGUUCUAGAAUGAACUGUAAUAUCUACUACGUGUAGAACGACACUGCACCAGUACGAGCUUGAUUUACCCCGAAAUGAGGGUUACUGUAGUCUAUUUUAAUCAAGGAGUUAAGGAUUAUGGGUGCGCGCGCGGACUUGUUGUCUCACUCACGCGUAUUUCCGGCACGCCAAAAGAAUGCAUGCUUUUUUGUGCAUUAAAAUGCCUGGUUUGAACUUUCUUUUCUUCGUAAGUUUUGAGUGAAAACUUUCCGAGCGCCACACUCAUUUUCUUCGGUGCAGCACAUAAACUUAAAAGUCAUGUCGCACAGGCGUCCGUAUUUUUCAGAGCUCGUAUUAUACACCGCACGUGAAACAAAAACGAACGAUUAAAAAUACACCUCCUGAAAAGUACUCGUUCCAUCGAAUAAGUGUGUGGCGUCUUCUAAUUAUUCUAAAGCAAUUUCUGGACAAACAGAAAAGAUAAAUCUACAGAAAUGAUAACUUUGGAGCAUAGGUGCUUGACAAUAUCGGUUGUAAAAGUUGGAGAGAGGUAAUUUCUACCUGCUGUUGUGUGCGCCAGUUCAAAGGCUACUUACAUAAAUUAUUGCAAUUUUAUAACAUGACCGAAAACCCCACGAUGUCAUAUAUUAUAAUAUUAUUUAACAUAAGUUUUAUUUAUUCGGCUUAAAUGUCAAAUUGGAAUCGUAUUCACUUAUUCUAAUACAAUUGUGCUAAUUCUUUAAGGGAUUUUGUAAAUAUUCUUCUGUUUCGUAAUAUUCUUUACGGUUAGGAACAAAUUGUAGUGCCAAUUUUAAAGUAUUUAUUGCUAUUUUAGGUGUUGGAUGUUUUGCCAAAAUGUUUAAUAUUUGAUUAGGUAUUUCACUACACAAAUGUAGCCGAAGGUACGUCACCGAAAACGCUCGAACUAUAUAAAACUACAUGGCAUACUUAUUUUAAGUUCAAAUUUCGAAUAAUCAAAUUCUUAAUACAUCAUUUAAUGCACUAUGAAAUGUCUUCAUUCUGAAAUUGAGGUAUACGAACCGUUCACCGUUGCGUAUCUUUAGCUACGUUUUGGCAAGCGCGGUAACCAUUUGGUUCUGUCGAUGUAUUCACAAGAAUUAUGAAAAUAAUCCAACAUAAGUGGUUUAGUUAUGAACAUUGAAACACCCACAAACCCUGAAAUUAUGCCUCAUGAACUACAAGACAACCGUACUCUCUUUGUUAUCAGUAAGAAAUAGGUAUUUUUAGUUCAUAAAUUUAUAUUUUAACCGAAAACAUUAUUAAAAUUGUUAAAAAUA